AUGGAAACCUGGAGCGGCUCCAUGUCCGACACUCAGGGCUUUCCUGCAGAGCCCCCACACUCAGGAAUCCAUGACGUCUCCAGCUCGCGCGCCAAGUUACUACAGUACUUCAGCUACUACUUCAGCCACAAAUUCAGCUACUACUUCAGCUACUACUUCAGCCACAAAUUCAGCUACUACUUCAGCCACAAAUUUAGCUACUACUUCAGCCACAAAUUCAGCUACUACUUCAAUUACUACAUCAGCUAUUACUUCACUUAUUCAGCUAUUACUUCAACUACUACUUCAACUACUACUUCAACUACUACUUCAACUACUACUUCAACUACUACUUCAACUAAUACUACUUCAGCAACUACUUUAGCUAUUAUUUCAGCUAUUACUUCAGCUAUAACUUCAGCUACUAAUUCAGUUAUUACUUCAGUUACUACAUCAGCUAUUACUUCAGCAAAUAAAUCAGCUAUUACUACAGCUACUAUUUCAGCUACUACUUCAGCAACUACUUCAGCUAUUAUUUCAACAACUUCAGCUAUGACUUCAACUACUACUUCAGUUACUACUUCAGCUAUUAAUUCAGCUACUACUUCAGCUAUUACUUCAGCUAUUACUUCAGCUACUAUUACUUCAGCAACUACUUCAGCUAUUAUUUCAGCUACUACAUCAGCAACUACUUCAGUAACUACUUCAGCUACUACUUCAGCUAUUACUUCAGCUAUUACUUCAGCUACUACUUCAGCUAUUACUUCAGCUAUUACUUCAGCUAUUACGUCAGCUAUUACUUCAGCUGUUACUUCAGCUACUACUUCAGCUGUUACUUCAGCUGUUACUUCAGCUGUUACUUCAGCUACUACUCCCAUUUAUACCUCAACAGUUUCAGCUCAUACAGGACAUGAAGGCUACGAGCUGAACGUGGCCGAGGGUCUUUAUGAGUAA